GAGAUAGUAAAAAAAACACAAGGAAACAUUUCGCUUCCGGUUGAAGGCGAGACUCAGAUCUGCACAUGCGCUGUGGGCGGUGCCCUGUGCUACUACCGCGCAUGCGCAGCACUGGCGCCCUAAAGAAUACGAAUGCAGUAGAAAGCGAAUGAAGAGACGGUAUGGUCCGUUAGUCUCACUCCGGAAAGUCUGGUCAGUCUGUCUGCGUCUGUGUACUGAGGUCAAAGGUUAUGGGGGAGAACUUUGGGGUUUUUGUGGACUGGUCGCUGAUGGGUGACGUGUCUAAUGAUGCAGCACCGGGAAAAACCGAAUACACAGACAUCAAAGAGCGAAAGCGCCACGCCCGCUCAGGUCAGUGGGUCAAGAGCCACUCACAGCGAGCACAGGUGUACCAGCGCCUCAUCAAAGCGCUGCCGUGCCGCUCUGUCACACCUGAUGCUAGCGUGUACCUGACGGCGGCAGUAAAACAGACCAAACGUGACAGCACUGCAGGAGUAAAGCUACACAACGGGGACAUGCUGGCUAUAGCUUUGCCUGAAUUUGCGUCUAGUGCUCCUGUUCCACGUUACUGUUUAAAGCCCGAGUCUGCCAGGUCAGUGGGCUCUGUUUUGGAGUGUCUCGCGGCUGAAUUUCCAGAUGUGUCCUAUUGCCCCUUGUUACCUGCUGUCACUGCACUGUUGCUUCACUGGAGCUCGGAAGAGGCUCAGUGUUUUGAAGCCGUGGCUCGAUUGUUAGCAACAACACAUCAGCAGCGCAUGCUACACCAGACCUUCCUGGCUCACCGCGCUUCCUGCAUGACCUUUGGCGACCUGGCACGCAAGCACUGCCCCGCCGCUCACCAGCACAUCGUUUCUUUGGCAACCGAGAAUAAGGAAGAUGUGGCGGAGGUGUAUGGAGACUGGCAGCGCUGGGUGUUCGGUGACCUCCCAUUCUCUCAUGCUGCUCGGGUCAUGGACGUCUUUCUGGUCGAAGGGUUUAAAGUGCUGUACAGAGUCGCACUCGCCCUGCUAAAGCUCUACAGGAAGCAGAAACCGGACAGGAGCACAAACAGGAAGGACUCGGUCAGGGGCGACAUGCGAGAGUUUGUGAAGUCUAUCGCGAGCAGCGUGAGUCCCGAUAAACUGAUGGAGAAAGCUUUCACCAUAAGGCUCUUCAGCAGGAAGGAGAUCAACCUGCUGCAGCUGGCUAAUGAGAAAGCGCUCCAGCAGAAAGGCAUCACUGUCCAGCAGAAGCGGUGUAAUGUGGACCUGAAAGUGAAUGUUGAUGGUUUCUGCUCUGACAUAAUCAGUGUAAAGGAGAUCAUGGAGGUUUGGUCAUGGAUUCCUGAGCGAUUUGCCCUGUGUCAGCCUCAGCUACUGUUCAGUACCGCUACACACGGCUGCAGUCUCAACCGGUUUUAUUCACACUGUGAAGGACAUGAACCCACACUACUGCUGAUCAAGAAUACUGAAGGAGAGGUGUGUGGGGCGUUCCUAUCCACAGACUGGGAGGAGAGGAAGCGAGGAGGAAACACACUGAGCUUCUUUGGGACAGGCGAGUGUUUUGUCUUUAAGAUGAAGCCUGAGAUGGAGCGCUACGAGUGGGUCAUCAUUAAACAUCCAGAGUUGGCCAGUUCUGCGUCCGACCGUGCAGCUGAUGCUAACGCUCCAGAUGACAACAUACACUCACUCUCUGUGGAGGCUCCGCCCAACUCUGGGACUGACUCCACCCACCUCUCACCGUUCCUCGCUGCCCGACACUUCCACCUAAAUGCUCGUAACACGUCCAUGUUUAUGGCUGGAAACUUUGACUCUGUCAUCAUCGGAGGUGGUGAUGGGAACGCGCUGUAUUUAGACUCCGAGCUGAAUUACGGCAGGACGGGUCCUUGCUCCACCUUCGAUAAUCCACAGCUGUGCACUGAGAACUUCCAGAUUGCAGUGCUGGAGGUCUGGGGCUUCCAGGAUACCAUGACAGCCUAACAGCCAGUUAGCACAUCUGGAGAGAGAAUGCUGCAGCCAUAAUUCUAGAGUUGAUCUUUAUAUCAUUAUAUUAUAUUAUUAAUAUACACAUCCUGGUAAUGAUCAUGAGCCUAUAAACACUUCAUAGCACAGAACCUUUGGACACAUUCUCGAAGGAAACCCACCAGCAUACUGAAGAAAGUCUCAGAACAAAAAGAUCAAUUUCUCUCAAUUACAAUGUCAGUGUGUACAAUUAAUUCUGAGUUAUCACGGUACAUUGCCAUACUGAUAUCUCACCACACCUCUAACUAUCAGGUGAUCGACUACGUUAGUGUAUCACAGUAUAAUAUCAAUCUGGUAUAUCAUCUGUCUCACAGUGGACUGAAGCUUGGACAGAAUACCCAUAAUGCACUGCAGUCUUAUUUAUUUUUUAUUUUUAAACAUAUCAUGUAUCUGUUUCUAUAUUCGUUAAUAGGUGUUAGCACUCGUUAGACCCGAACAUUUCGUUAGAAACGUUCUUUAAUCACGGUUCUUCAUCAUAUCACUAUACUUGAUGAAUGUUGUAUGAAUGUUAGAUAAACGUUAGCUAAACAUUCGAUGUGUAGAUUUGCCAACUCAACAUUUUAUCAAGUAGGUUUGGUGUUUGUGAAUAAGUGUUUGUUUGUAUGAGAAGGUUCUCAAUUGUAAAAAGUGAUCAUAUUAAUGAAUUGUGUAUGUUUGUGUGUGUGUGUUUGUGUGUGUGUGUGUGUAUGUGAGGUGUUGUGUUAGUAAUGUGUAUGAACAUAUCACUAAAAUUGUAAUUGUUUUCAACUGUAAAGUCUUAAAUAUGGUGUUGUAAUAUAAAACGUGUGUGUGUGUGUGUUUGUGUGUGUGUGUGUGUGUGUGUGUGUGUGUGUGUGUGUGUGUAUUCAGCAGUAUUAUCAUGGUGUAUAUCAUAUAAUUAUUCACUUGACUGUGCAUCAGAAAUGGCAGUAACGUGUGUAAUAAAGUGUUUAAAGCAAACAUUCA